CUCCCAUUCCCGCCUCUGCAUCCCCGGCCGCUGGCCUGCCCCUCCGUGUCUUUCGGCGUCAAUGCAUUGCGACCUGCUAGCCUCGCGAUCUGGUUGAGGUGCUCGGGGCGGUCGAUCUUGGCACCUGCUUCAUCAAGUGCAUGACAGUCUUAAAACGAGCGCGCUGCCCCUUCCUUAAAGUCCUUUGUGAACCCUACACCAUCGAGAAAUCGCGAGUCACAUAACAACAACAGCCGCGAGAGGACAUCACAACUUGACAACGCAGCUUCCAACACGCUCUCUACUGUCUGCCACAACAAGCACACCCUCGAGCCAUUCACAGACCGGACCACAAAGAGCCCCAGGAGACUCAAACCCCAUCAGCGAGCAAACAUGAGCAGCAACACCCCCAAAACCCUCGUCCGCAUCGACGACUUCCCCCUUCCCCCGCCCAAGACCGCCCGUGCAAUCAUCAUCUCCGGCAUCGCCAUGCUCCUCUCUGCCCGGUCCUCCCUCCUCGAGCCCGGGUCCCUGUUCUACGACAAUAUCCUCGCCAGCCAGCCCGCCCAGGCCACCAGGAUCGCCCGCUGGGCCCAGCAGGCCGUCUUCUGGUUCCUCUUUGGCGCACACUCCCUCGAGACCGUGGGCUUCGCGUUCGCCAGGCUCAGGAGGCACGGGGUCCCCAUCUUCAGCCUGCUCGGCUUCAAGUGGCUCGCCGCCGUCUUUGUCGGGGGCAAGUUUGCCUGGGCGCACUUUGACGAGGUCGUGGCGAGGAAGGCCAUUGGUGGCGGGCGGUGAAUUUUUUUCCUGCUUUUUGGUUUCUGAUCGAGGGGCGGCAGUGCCCAAGCAUCAUCAGUUGUGAGGAACCCUGUGAGGAACAGAAAACAUGGUUAUAAACACACGACCCGGAGCUUGAGGCAGUCAGGCGGUCGCCGUUGUCAGACGAAGAGGGCGAAGACGGAAAAAAACUUUUGUGACUUGUUGUUCCUGAUGGCGGCGUUCUUCUAAUUUGUGAUCUUUAGAUGGGGGACGCUGGGGAAGGCAACUGGGGCUUUUGUUUACCCCAGGCUAGAGGGUCGCGGGCAAGGAGGGCGCCAGGAGGGUGCAAGGAGAACAGAGCAGGCAGCAUGAUACCCCACGAUUCCAAGCAAGCUAAUCAUAUA